GCAUUCUCCUCACCAGUCCGUCAGUAACAUGUGCGAUACAGUACAUUCCCAAUCUCACAAUAAAACGGUACCCAACAGGGAGCGAGAGUUUGUCUCAUAAAGGUUCCUUCAUUCCUUCCGCAGGUUCAGUCUUACCAGGAACAAGGCCCCUCAACGUUUUAUCCAACUGAAUAUAAAAGUUGAAACAGUUUAACUAAAUUCUCAACAUUUUCCUGUUUUCAAAAUCUGGAUCAUUCCAGAACCCAAAUGUGUAUACAGAAGAAUUGAAAAACACAAAUACAUAAAUUUAAGAAAAUAAAAACACAUCUGUCUCAAGUUGACGGUGUCGUCUCGUCGAAGACAAAUACCACAAUACAAUAAGUACAACGCUAUUCAUUUAUGUCUCCAGUCUGAAUUGUUAAAUUAAUAAAGUGUGGAGUAAAAUAAGAUCAAAUAAGAAGUACAAACAGAGUGAGUGAGUCGGACAAUGUCAUUUUGUGAGACCGAGCAAUAACUGACAGUCUGAAGAAAAGCUGAAAUCUUCUUGUUGUCACUAUUUCAAGAUAAUAAGACUCUUAAGGUAUAUAGAACCUCUGCUUGUUAUAUUAAACUAACCGACGAUAACAAGUUAUCUUGUUGUUCUUUUAUUGCAUUGUCUUCAAAUGAUAACGUAAAGUUCUUGGACAAAAGUUUAUUGUGCGACGUCUCAAAUUCCCACCAACUAAAGUCCUGCACAAAAUACUACUGACUCCACUAAAAAAAUACGUGGAUUGCAUUGGAUAAAUCAAACAACGGAGCAAGGUCGGGUCAAGAAGGACAAAUAAAACCGUUUAUAACAAUCACUAACAUAUUAUCAAAUCAGGCAGUGUUCAAAUAUUUGAUUUCUGAUUACUUUUUGACUCUUCAUUCCUCAACUCCACCACCUUUUGGUACUUGUUACAGCAGUUUAAUAUAUGUACGUACAUAAUUCUACACCGGAUAUUGUGAAGUGGAUAAGGUUGAGCUAAAUUAUGGGGCUUAGUUAUUGUGAAACAGUCAGUGAGUGAUAAGACGUUGUCGAAACGGUGUGUCCAUGUCGAUGUCAGUUCUCUUGUCCAAGAUGCCGUCGUCGUCAUCCUCAUCUUCAGGAACGGACCAUAUAAAGCGUCCUAUGAACGCUUUCAUGGUGUGGUCGAGGGGUCAAAGAAGAAAAAUGGCACAAGAUAAUCCCAAAAUGCACAAUUCUGAAAUUAGCAAGAGAUUGGGGGCAGAGUGGAAAUUAUUGUUGGAAGGGGAGAAGAGACCCUUCAUUGACGAAGCCAAGAGACUAAGAGCAUUGCACAUGAAAGAGCACCCCGAUUACAAAUAUCGUCCCCGGAGAAAGCCCAAACCCGCCAUGGCUCACACAUCCAACAAAUCCCCUAGCAAAUCCGACCCUAAUCACAUGACUGGUGGGGGUGGUCACGGUCAUCACCACCACCAUCACCCUGGCAAAUUCGCCUUUGGACUUUCUCCAAACUCCGUCAUGCGAGCGAUUGACUCUUUCCGUGCUGCCACAGUGGCAAACAUGGCUGUAAACGCACCUUUCCCAUUCUCACAUCAUCCCAACAGUGGUGGAGGUGCUGGUGGUCCAAAUCACAAUUCUGGAGGUCAAGGGUCACCUUCUUCUCACCACUCGCUCGGAGGAGGUGAAAUGUCAACUUUCUCUCACAACGACCUUUCUCGCUUCCUCCCAUCAAUUAUGCCCCCCUCAUCCGUAGCCACGUCGGCCCUCGAUGUCCUUUUCAGAGCCAGUCGUGCCGGCCUCAUGGGAUACUCCUCGUCGACCUUGAGCCCUGAUGAAGUGGAUGGCAAACGACCCUCUUCAAUUUCCCCCGUGAACAACAACAAUCAUACCAACAGCAAUAACAAUAAUAAGGGAUUGUCACCCCUUUUCUUCAAUCAGAGCCAGUCUCCCAUUCAAUUCAGCAACAGUCACCAUCAUCAUCCUCACCAUCACGGGAGAAAGUUGUCCAUCUCUCCAAAACGUAAAUCAUCUCGAAGUCCGUCACCCUCAUCCCCUGACAAUUCCCCCAUCACUCCGACACCCCCGACACACUUGGGAUUCACGCCACCGUACGGACUGCAAAAUGGGGGAUAUCCUUUUUACCCUGGACUUUAUCCGAACCCUUAUCUCGCAGCGUACCCAUUCCUCCAACCACCAGCACAACAGCAGCACAGUGGUGGAGGAGGUGGUGGGGGUCAUGUCAUGGGGGGCAUUGCAGAUGUGGGGCAUCAUCAUCCAGUACAUCAUCAUGCCGACUUCUCAGGACUUUUUCUGUCCUCAUCGGCAUCCGACUUACCGAAAAAAUCUCCCGUUUUUGUCGUGAUGAAGGACACUGGGGGCGGAGUGAGACGGUCACCUUCUCCCGUCGUGUCAGUUGUGUAGCUAUUUUUAGUGAUUUGGCUGGCAAUUUGGGCAUGCAUGAUAGUGGUGAAUUACUAACAAUCAAGGAAUGUAGCAUUGGUAGGUUAGAAAUGUGUAGAACUUUUUAUUUUCUGAGAUAAAUAUGAUUUCAACAUUCA